UUGAUUAACGGCUGAGUCAGAUCCAGCCUUCGUGUGCUCGUACUGCGUGUGCGCGUGGAGGUGGAAGAGGGGCAGGGGGCGGGGCUCUCGUAUCCCCGCCCACAGCCUCCACAAUAAGUGUCCUUAGAAGGAAAGGCUGUCAGAGGCGCACCGGAGCGGGUUUCUGUGAAUACUUCAGCCCGAAAGCUUCACAGAUCAAAGGAUUCUCUGACAGAGGACAGGACCCCCACCCUCACCCCCACCUCCCGCCGUACGAUGGUGGAGCAGCAGCUGAGCGGCAUCUCUGGAUAAUCUCCAGAGGUGAUUGUGUCUGAGGCGCGCGCGCGCGGCGGGGAGCGGCUGUGUGUGCGCCGCGCGCUCCGCGCCGCGCGGACGCACAGGAGAGGAGCAUGGAGAUGCUGCGGCGCUCCUCCGUGUUCGCGGCCGAAGUCUUCGACCGCUCCCCCACCGACAAGGAGCUGGUGUCGCAGGCCAAGGCGCUGUGCAGGGAGUACAUCCACUCCAGGCUGAACCGAGCCGGCAUCGGCUGGUCCAAACCCGAGCACGCGCAGGCCGGGGCAGGCGGCGCGCUCGGGGAGGUGUCGUCCGUCCUCCUGUGGUUGGGUGAGGAGCUGGAGUACCUCCGGCCCAACGUGUACAGAAACGUGGCUCGCCAGCUGAACAUCACCGUGGCGUCAGAGAGCAUCGUGUCGGACGCCUUCCUGGCCGUGGCCUCAGACAUCUUCUCCACCGGUGUCACGUGGGGGAAGGUGGUUUCCUUGUACGCGGUGGCUGGCGCUCUGGCUGUGGACUGCGUCCGCCACGGUCACCCGGCGAUGGUCCACACCAUCGUGGACUGCAUGGGGGAGUUCGUCCGCAAGAGUCUGACCGUCUGGUUAAAAAAGAGAGGCGGCUGGGUGGACAUGACCAAAUGUGUGGUGAACACGGACCCCAGCUUCCACUCCCACUGGCUGCUGGCUGCCGUCUGCGCGUUCGGACACUACCUGAAAUCCGUUGUGUUGCACCUCCUCCAGGAGAAAUGAGACUAACCCCCCAAACUGGACUCCUUACUGAGCAGCACCGCAUCCAGUUGGAUUAUGUUUACACUCACAUGCACUGAGCCACUGAACCCCCCCAUCCACUGCCGCUGCUACACGCCCCCCCACUCCUCUAUUUAUUGUUCCUGUUGUGUCCGAGCAAAAUCUCUGCAAACUUUUCAGCUUUUUAUUUCUCAAACAACAGAACUGUCUACUAUGUGGCAGCACCUUUUCUGCCCUCUAGUGGUCACAUUGAGUAACUGCUUUACACUGAUGGGAACAAGUAAGAAAAGUGAAAAAGGUGGACAAAAGAAGCAUUCUUUUUGUAUUUGAGUAGUGGUGUAGACAUUUCUUAAAAAUAAAAACACUUUUGCAUUUUUUUAUAUUGCAAAAUACAUUUUAUCUUCUCAAAGUCAGUUUUUAUAGCAAAACAAUGAGGUAAAAGUCAGUCACAAAGGUCAGUUUUGUUUACUCCACCUAGUUUGUGAAGCAACAUUAAACAUGCUGGCCCAGAUACACUAACAUGUUGUUUUAAUAAAUAUUCCAUCAGCUAUUGAGAACAGGAUCAGAUGUUUCUCUGCAGUACACACUGGAUGGUAAUGAGUCAAGAAGACGAUGUUUCUUCCAGCUUUAUUGUUUACUUUGAUGUUAUGAUGCUGUAAACACAGAAAUAUGAACAUGCUUUAAUUUUAGGUUGUUCCACAAAUAUUUAAAUCACUGUCAUGUAGCAAGACACCUGCUAAAAAUAAAUAAUGUUUUUCAAACUUUGAA